CGUAAUGAUUUUAACUAUGUGUUUAUAGUGCGGAUCUGUGACCUCACCGUAUCUGGAGCGGGCUCCAAUCAUGGAUACCAUCCUACGGAACUGUAGACACAAACUGCUGCCGAUAGUCUGCGCACCUGCUAUCUCAUGCAGGCAGCUCUCCGGGUGCGCACAUCCCCAGAAAGCCCCACAGCCCCCCGCACCACCACCCUCCUCAGUGCCGCUGGUAUCGCGUCUGUUCCAGCCGUCCAACCUACGGGAGGGCCAGGACAGUGGAGACCUGACAUGCCGAAGCCAGAGGUUGAUGCUCCAGACGGGCCUGCUCCACCCUUCCAACCCCGGCUGUUUCUACUACUUGCCAGCCACAGUUCGCUCCAUGGAGAAGCUGGUGCGACUCAUAGACCAGGAGAUGCACGCCAUUGGCGGGCAGAAGUUGGACAUGCCAGCGCUGUGCGGAGCCGACCUAUGGCGUCGGAGUGGCCGCUGGGAGCUCAUGGGGAAGGAGAUGUUCCGUCUGCGCGACCGGCACGGGAUAGACUACUGCCUCGGUCCUACUCAUGAAGAGGCGGUGACGGAACUGCUAGCGUCUCAGGCCAAUCUUUCCUACCGACAGCUACCCCUGCUUCUGUAUCAGGUGACAAGGAAGUUUCGGGACGAGCAGAAGCCAAAGUUUGGGUUGCUACGGGGACGCGAGUUCUACAUGAAGGACAUGUACUCGUUUGACGAGAGCGAGGAUGCGGCGCACCACACCUACCAGUCCGUGUGCCAGGCCUACGGGCGCCUCUUUGACAGGCUGGGUGUCAGGUGGGUGCAGGUGCGGGCGGACACGGGCAACAUCGGGGGCACCCUCUCGCACGAGUUCCAGCUGCCCGCUGACAUCGGCGAGGACCGGCUGUUGACGUGCGGCGACUGCUCCUUCUCCGCCAACGUUGAGCUGGUGGAACCGGGCCAGACGGACUGCCCGCAGUGCCAGUCUGGCACGCUGGUGGAAUCCAAAGGCAUUGAAGUGGGGCACACCUUUUACCUGGGCACCAAGUACUCCCAGGUGUUCAACGCCACCUUCAACAGCCCCCAGAACAAGCCCACGCUGGCCGAGAUGGGCUGUUUCGGCCUUGGUGUCACCCGCAUUCUCGCCGCUGCCGUUGAGGUGCUCUCUAGCGACGACGGCAUCCGCUGGCCAGGGCUGUUGGCACCCUACCAGGUGUGCGUUCUGCCCCCUAAGAAGGGCAGCAAGGCGGCCACGCUGAUCAGCCUGGCAGAGGAGCUCGCUCUCGGGCUGAGCGGCCUGCCUGGCCUGAGGGGGGAGGUGGUGCUGGACGACAGGACGCAGAUGACCAUCGGGAAGCGGCUGAAAGACGCCUCGCAGCUGGGGUACCCCUACGUGGUGGUGGUGGGGCAGGGCGCGGCCGAGCCGCAGCCGCGGUUUGAGGUGGUCUGCCAGCAGAACGGGGAAACACUCUUCCUCAGCAGAGACGCCCUCACAGACCUCCUGAGCAGAGUGGAGACCGUGUGAGCCCAACAUCGCCCAGCAGGGGGCGCAUGAUCACCGUUAACACUGCAGUGGACAGGAUGGGGAUCAUGCUGGGGUUCAUGCUGGCAGUGGGUGCUGAUUACAGCACUGGGGUGUGUUUCUCAAAAUCAUAGUUGCAACUGGUUGGCAAUGGGAAAUUGCAUUGCAUCCAACAAAGUUGCUAACCAUUUAGUUAGCAACUAUGGUUUUGGGAAACGGACCCCUGGUCAGGUUGGGGACGCAAUAAAGAGGGAACACAGCAGCUGCUGGCAUGGAUGAGUGGACAGACUGGAUGAAUGUAUCCUCCAUUAGGAAAAGAUUGGAUGACUAGAGGACCAUUGCGAGAGAUGGUGGCAGGUAGAGUUUAUGGACCUGGCAGUAAGACCACCUGACAGCUAGUCACUGGCAGCAAGAUGCCUUUUGUGAUGGUGGAUAAAAAAAAAAGGAAAUGAUCACUGAAUAUUUAAAACAAUAAGUAAGGUUUUCUUGAUGUAUUUUAUAUGUGUAUUGUUGUCUACACUGUAAAAAUAAAGCAUGUCAUUCAUAA